AUGAGAAAAGCAGAGGUGCAGAUGACCCUGAAAAAAGGGGCAGAUGAAGCAGCGGCACCCCCAAGCCCCAUCAUCCCCCCAAAACGGUCCAAAGCCAGCCCAGAGCAAGUUGUUUCAGAACCUCGAGGAACUGGUCAUCCAAACCCAACUCCCCCUGUUUUUAUACGCAAAAUGAGGAACGCUGCCGUAGGGACAGGCUGUGACAUCCGUCUCAAGGUGACUGUGGCUGGAGACCCCCAGCCAUCCCUGUACUGGUACCACAAUGAGGACCUCCUCAACAUGGAGAACCAGGAGUAUGGAGGGCUCUGGAUUAGGGAUUGCAAACCAAGUGAUGCUGGCCUCUACACCUGCAUUGCCAAUAAUCACCUGGGAGAGGCUCGGAGCAGCGCUGUACUUGCUGUCUUGGAUCUGGGUGAAGAUUCCGAAACAACAGAGGAUGAAGGCGGAGACCAAUUUGAGACCAAAGAAGAUGUUGGGGAUGUUGAGGACCAGGCUGUGCAUACAGAUUUUGCUUCAAAUUUCAGGAGUCAGUCAGAGGAUUUUUCAAGAGAUUCUCCGCCACAAGUCCUCCCACCGCCAUCCCCAAGACUCGUCAAACGCCCCUCCACCUCUCCAAUGCCAAGUCGCUCUGGUUCAACGACACCUCUCAGCUUUCGAAAGAAAAUUGUUGUGCCAACUGAAUACCAAGACACAGUGCCUGGGGAGUUUGAAGAAAAGGUUAAGCAACCAAAAUCUGUCUCCCAAAGUAACACCCAGGACUCCCGCCCACAGACUCCACUGAGUGAGUACUCCCGCAAAGAAUUUACUCUCAGACCAUCUCCAAAGCUUACCAGGGCAAGCUCAAAGGUUUUUGAGAAGGUCCGUGGCUUAGAAGAGCGGAGACGAAGCCUUGAUAUUCCAGAAGGUUCCAUCUCGGGAAGAUCCUGGGCAGGGUUCAAUCGUGCUGGAUCUGUUGAUUCAGAUGAUGGAGGAAGCCGGUUGGGCAUCUCUAGAGAAAGUUCAAGGGAAGAUCUUAGGGAGGCUCUGAAAGAGGAUGCUGCUGAGCGGAGAUCUAUGUUUAGACAACGAGCUGCUUCACUGGAGGAGAAACCUCGCUACUCUCAAAAAGUUCAGGACAUUGAGAACAAGUUCACCGAGGAGCUCCAACGCAUUAAGAAACUUGUUGGAAAACCUCAUAUGAAGAAAUCGUUUUCAACUGAACAGCUCACCCUGAAGGGCAAGCAGCGCCAGCCUUUCAGGAAAAUUGAACCUAUUCCUCCCCAAGUCCUCCAAAAGCUUCAGGAAAGGGAACGUACCCAGUGGUCAAAGGAACAGAGAGAAAAGGAUUCAAGGCAGCAACCAAUGCAGCAACAACAGCAAACACAGCCAGAACAGCAUAAAUCCCAUCCCCAAAAGACAACAACUGUAACAGUCAGUAGAUUUGGAGAGGUUGCAGGCACCCCAGAGUCAAUGCAGUUAUCUGACCUACCAGGACAACGAUCAGUGAGAGAAUUAAGUAGAGUCAGUCCUGUUACAGAAAUCAUUCAGAGAUCAUCAUCACCAGCAUUAUAUCAUCAACAAAGGGAAGAGUCGCCAAGCGGAAAUAUUGCUGAGAUGACGUUACGCAAGGUUGAACGAAGGCCACCAAGUCCACUUGUACAAAGAGUAUCUCGAAUGCAGGAAUCCCCGCACAUCCAAGAAUCUCUUGUGCAAACAUCACAAAAGGAUGAAACUUCAGGGAGAAAGACACCAAUAGAAGUAGUAUUAAGAAAAAUUGAAAACAGACCUGAAAGUCCACUGGUAAAAAAAAGGACAGUCAUUGUACAAGAUCUUCCUCCUCAACAUCCUCCUAAACCCCCAAGGAUGUCACCAGUCACUCCAGUGGAGGAGAAAAUGGAAAUGGAGCUCUCCAAACCAACAUCUAAGAUAAAAGUCCCUACCAUUAUUAUUGAAGAUGAAAAAAUGGAAGUAGAUGUUCCUCAGAAAACAAGUGACCCUCAGCCAAUUCCGACUAGUGCCAAAGAGGGACAACAGCAGAAGACCAAAGGAAAAAACCGUCGCCCUCGACCCAUGUCUCCAGAGUUAGAUUCUUCAGAUGAUUCUUAUGUGUCGGCUGGAGAAGACCCAAUGGAGGCCCCUGUAUUUGAGUUUCCCCUCCAGGACACUGUUGUAUCUGCUGGUGCAGAUGUGCUACUAAAAUGCAUCAUCGCUGGAACCCCCAUUCCUGAAGUUACCUGGACAAAAGACAACACUAACGUCAUCGGCUUUGUAAAUUACACAGUCAAAGUGGAGGGUGAACGACACAGUAUGCUCAUCAAAUCAGCUAAAAUAAGUGAUGGUGGAAAAUACUGUGUAACUGCUGUUAAUCAGAUGGGAAAAGCCUCCAGCAGUGCUACCCUUAUUGUUAAAGCAGAGCCUGUACAGGAGCCUAAAGGAAACCUGGGUGUGCCCAUGGAUAUCAGCAGCCCUAUUACAUCUGAUGAGGAGUAUCUCAGUCCCCUGGAGGAGGGCAUGGAUUUUGGAGGGCCAGAGCCAAGGCGAACUAUUGACACACGAUUCAGGAAACCCCCUGCAUUCCUGGUAACAAUGAGUGAUCAAGCUGUCAUUGAAGGACAGGAAGUCACCAUGUCUGUCCGAAUAAGUGGACAACCCAAACCCAUGCUCUAUUGGCUGAGGGACAGAGUCACAGUAAAAACAGGCCCACGUCAUAUUGUACGUGAGACAGAAGAUGGCAAUUUUGAAAUGACGAUCAAGUCUGCAGUGAGGUCAGACUCUGGCAUUUACACCUGUAAGAUCAUUAAUGAAUACGGAACAAAGCAGUGCGAAGGAAAGAUGGAGGUAAAAGCUCCACCAGUUGAGCCAGGACUAGCUGUCAUCCGCCCGGUCAAGGACAUCACAGCCAAGGCUGGGGAGACGGUUUUGUUCGAGUGUCACGUCAUUGGACCGAAAGACACCGAUGUGGACUGGCUCGCAGAUGGGAAGCUGAUCCAGCCGGCAUUGCUCAACUGUAAGAUGCACUUUGAUGGGAGAAAGUGUCGACUACUGCUCAACUCAGUACAUGAGGAUGACAGUGGCACAUACAUGUGCAAGCUCAGCACAGCCAAAGAGGAAGUGACCUCAUGUGGCAAACUCAAAGUCAUCCCCUCCACUGAACCGCUCUUCACUCGCAAGUUGGAUGUGCUGGAAGUGAUUGAAGGGCGUAAUGCUCGAUUCGACUGCAAAGUCAGUGGGACACCAUCUCCUAAGGUCACAUGGAGUCACUUCGACCAUCCACUCACAGAAAGUGAGGACAUUCGUAUUCUUCAGGAGGGCGGCCGCCACUCUCUCAUCAUUUCUCACGUGACCAACGAUGAUGAGGGUUUUUACACUGUCAUAGCCCGUAACAGUCAUGGCGAGGCGGAGAGCUCCGCUGAACUUUACAUACAAGAGCCACGGCCAGCCAUCUCCUCGCAGAUGGCUAAACUAGAGAAGAUGCCGUCCAUCCCAGAAGAGCCAGAGGUCCCAGAGAAUGAGGUGGAACGUUUCACCAUGCCCGACUUCAUCAAACCCCUUUACGACCUGGAUGUGAUCGAGGGAAAGGAGGCUGUGCUCAAAUGCAAAGUGGCUGGUUUGCCGUACCCCACCAUCGUCUGGUUCCACAAUGGCAAAAGGAUUGAGAGCACCGAGGACAGGAAGAUGACACAGUUUCGUGACGUCCACAGCCUGGUCAUCCGCUCUGUGUGCCAUGCCCACGGUGGCGUCUACAAGAGUGUCAUCUCUAACAAAGUUGGCAAGGCCACCUGCUACGCUCAUCUCUAUGUCACAGAUAUUCUCCCUGACCCUCCUGAUGGGACUCCAGUGAUUGAAUCCAUCACUGGUAAAACCAUCACCUUAAGCUGGAAGAAACCAAGGAGGCUGGACCCUUCGAUUGAUCCCAGCUCCGUGAUGUAUGCCAUUCAGCAACAAGCCCUGGGCUCCAUCCAGUGGAUCAUCAUAGCUUCUGGCCUGAAGGAGACCACUUACACCAUCACCACCCUCUCCAAAGCAGUGCGCUACGCUUUCAGGGUCCUCACCAUCACCUCCAAGGCUUUCAGCAAGCCCUCGACUGCCACCGACCCGGUGCAGCUCCUGGACCGAGGUCCCUAUCUUCAGGAGGCUCCAGUGAUUAUUGAUAAGCCAGAAAUUGUAUAUGUGAUGGAAAACCAGUCAGUCACCAUCACUGUUACUCUCAAUCAUGUCAACGCUGCAGUUCUCUGGAAGAGGAGGGGAUUGGUCCUGGCCAGCAAGCUAGGCCUGUAUGAGAUGACAAUGCCAGAUGACGACCAGCACACACUGAAGCUGCUGAAAGUGAAGAGUGCUGACAUCGGAGAGAUGUUGUUUGUGGCCUCCAAUAAGUAUGGCAGCGACAGCUGCACCUUCAGCGUUGAGAGGGCAGCUCCACCAACAUUUGAAACUAUCAUGGAGGACUUGGAUGUUUGUGCUGGAGAGACCCCUCGCUUUGCUGUGGUUGUGGAGGGCAAACCUAUUCCUGACAUCCUCUGGUUCAAGAAUGAUAUCCUGCUGUCCGAGGGCAGUCAUUACACAUUUGUGUAUGAUGAUAACGAAUGUUCCCUGGUGGUCCUAAACGCUUGUACAGAAGACUCUGGGGUGUACACCUGCACUGCCAGGAACUUAGCAGGAUCUGUGUCUUGUAAAGCUGAACUCACCAUUCAUCAAGCUAAAAGUAAAGAGGAUCCUGUGGACGAUGAGGAGACUAUUCUAAGGAAGAUGCGCAGACUGACAGACUACUAUGAAAUCCAUAAGGAAAUUGGAAGAGGUGCAUUUUCCUAUGUGAAACGUGUGAUGCAGAAGGUAGGAAAAAUGGAGUAUGCUGCGAAGUUUAUGUCCACACGGGCCAAGAGGAAGGCUUCUGCUCUGAGAGAGAUGAAGCUGCUUUCCAAGCUCGACCACGAGAGAGUCCUUUACUUUCAUGAUGCCUUUGAGAAAAAGAAUGCAGUCAUCAUCAUCACUGAAAUGUGUCACGAAGAGCUGCUGGACAGAUUUAUAAGGAAAUCUACAGUAAUGGAAUCUGAUGUACGGUCAUGUAUUAGACAACUGCUCGAGGGGUUGGACUACCUUCAUCAUUUAAACAUCAUACACCUGGAUAUCAAGCCUGAUAACAUCCUCAUGGCAGAUCCCCAUGGUGAUCAGAUCCGAAUCUGUGACUUUGGCAACACCGUGGUGAUCACGCCUGAUGAGGCGCAGUACUGCAAAUAUGGCACACCGGAAUUUGUUGCACCAGAAAUUGUCAAUCAGACCCCGGUGUCAAAAGCAACAGACAUCUGGCCAGUUGGAGUUAUUACAUAUCUGUGUCUGACAGGAGUUUCUCCAUUUGCUGGUGAGAAUGACCGCAGCUCUGUGCUGAACAUCAGGAACUAUAAUGUCGCCUUCGAGGAGAGCAUGUUUGCUGACCUUUGCCGGGAGGCUAAAGGGUUCAUCAUAAAACUGCUAGUAGCAGACAGGCUGAGACCUGAUACUCAGGAAUGUCUCCGACACCCUUGGUUCAAGAUACUUAGCAAGGGGAAGGCCAUUAGUACAGAGGCCCUGAAGAAGUUUGUAUCUCGCAGAAAAUGGCAGCGUUCACUUAUCAGCUAUAAAUCAAAAAUGGUCAUGAGGUCCAUACCUGAGUUACUGAAUGAUUCCUCCAGCCAUAUCUCCAUCGCAGUUCCCAGGCACCUUAAAGAAAGUUCACCUUUGCCAUCAUCAUCCUCAGAUUCUGACGAAGACAUUGAUGAGCUGCCAUUUAUUCCGAUGCCACUCAACAUGGAAUUCUCUGGAUCAAGGAUGUCCCUGAACGACAUCCAGACUACCGAGCAGGAAACAGGAAAGCAGAAUGGAACUAAUAAAAGGUCCGGGUCCCCUGUUCAAGCACAGGAGGCAAAGGAGUGUGACCCUAAACAAAUGAACAAAGAAGGGGUUGAAAUCACAGGUAAGGGCCGCCAUCGGAAAAGGUCAUCACAAGACAAUGACAGGGGUUCCUCAGAUGAAGAACUACCUGCUGAACUGCCACAAAAGUCAGAGCUGUCUAGAAAACCACUGCGAAGGGGUUCAAGCAUGGAGUCAGACAAACCAGAGGGUGGACGGCGAAGAGGAGAGCUCAGGCGUGGAGGCUCAGCCGACAGUGCAUUGAUGCUCAGGAUUACACCCGAGGAAGGAGCUGGAGAAGGAAACCAAGAGGAAGGCAAGAGAGUUCUGAAGAAAGCUGUGUCUAUGGAACUACCCAGGAGGAGCACCAGCCCAGGCACUGCCAAGAUGAGUCAAGAAGACUACGCCCUUAAACUGGAGCUGAUGAGACAGCGACUGCUUCGUGGUGGCUCUGUAGACAACAAAAUGAGUGGACUGAGAGGACCACUGCUGGAAACAUUAGGAAUGGGAGAUGAAAAACGUGCAAUAUCCUCAGAUCGCUACUCUCGUACUGCUCGUUUGGGCCCACCACCACUAACUAGAGCUGCAUCCACUGAUUCCCCAAGGGAAGAAGUUCCCAAACCCAAAGUUUUGCGCAAAAGUGCUUCUUUCAGUCAAGGUGAUUCAGAACCCAUAGCUCUACACCGCCGGUCUGGAGCUCCUCUGGAGAUUCCCCUGGCACAGAUAGAAGAGAGAAGGCUUAAGGAAGCUAUAUCUAUGUCAUCUUUGACUGAGCAAACCAAGCUAGAUUCUCGUCCAGUGACUCCCAGGGAACCUUCACCAAAACCACCAACUCCAGAGUCUGUUGUGCAGGAGAGUCCUACCAAAACAGAAAGCGAGGAAUCACUAAUGGAGAGAGAGAUAAAGCCUGAUGAGACUAUAAAUGAAAAGAUGGAUGGGUUGACUACAGAUAGUAAUUUUGAUGAGAGAUCGAGCACAAGUGGUUUCUCAGAGAAGGACAUGAGCAUAUCAGAAGAACCAAUGAUUGAAUCAGAGUAUACGGGCCAGAGAAUUCCUACACCUCCUCCUGUGGUCCAAAACUCUAAACUAGAGGAGAAAAUGGAAGAGGAAGAAGAAAAAGAAGAGAUUAGUAAAGAAGAAGAGGAAAGAAUUGUCAAAGAUACUGUAGAAAAUGUAGAAGAGGAAGUAAAUAUGCCUGCUAAAUCUUCUGAGAUGCUCAUAACCACAAGCUCAGUUAUGAUGAGACCCACGCAAGAAUAUUCCCAUCCGUCAGAAAGUGUUGUGUCAACUUAUGUAACACCCUCGCUUCCUGCUCGAGUUGUUCUGCCAGAUGGAAGGACUUCAGCAUACGCUAGUAUAAUGCAGACCAUCAUGGUCCCUUCACUUCAGCCUCUCAAUGACUCACCUUUAGGUCCCUCUACUCCUGUUGUUGUUCCAACCACCUCACUGUCCUCAGUAUCAACUGAAACAUCAUCACCUGCCAGCAUAUCCUCUGCUUUACCAGGUGUGCUGAGGCCAGCCAUCAUGUCAACCACUGAGCACCCUGCUGUAUACUCCAGGGUGGCAUCGCCAGAAAUGAUCACAAAAGAACCCAGUCCACCAAAGACUACCACACAUUCCUCAUCCCAACAAGAGCUUUCAGCAGGAGUGGGCUUAGAGGACAUUAGCUCUGAAGAAGUCUUUGAGGCUCGCUUCAAAAAACGUGAGUCUUCUCUCACAAGAAGUCUAAAAUUUUUGUCUCGGUCCAAGAAUGACGACAAAUCACAAGCAGCUUUCUCAGACUCCACAGAGUCAGGUGAAGAGAUAUACAGACCUGGGCCAAUUGGUGCACCACUGGAAUUGGCACCAAGGAGACUUGAAGAGAAGUCGAAGUCAGUCCAGGACCUUCGUGAAGCUCAAAAGGACCAAGGCUUUAUGAGAAGACUCUCUAUGCGCCUGAAGAGAACUCCAUCAACCGAGCGCAAGGAUGAAACAACCAAAGAAGAAGACUCAGUUUCUUCAAGACGAAGGCUUUCUUGGACUCUUGGUCGACGAGGAUCACAGGAAAAGAAGGAAGUGGAGAUGAUGCGGAUGGAUGGUGGUGGUGAUGCCUCUGUUGAACAAGAUGAAAAGGAGCUUAAGAAACCUAAUGAAUCACCAGUCUUGACAAUGCGAAGGAAGAUUGAAUCAACAGUGGCUGGGAUCUCCACCAGAAUUCGUAGCUUCUCAGAGGAAAGGAAAACAUCAGAGGAAAAGGAACAAAAGAGGACACCCAUUCUCUCUAUGCUUCGUCGUGCAACAUCAGAGAGCCGUGCUACGAAGGUUGCCAGUGUUCCUCAGAACCAGCUGGCAUCUCAGGCCAGUAAUGGCGCCUCAUCAGAGUCUCUAGACUCUGUGUCCAGCCUAAGGUCAGACGCAUCAAAAGGUGUGGAGGGGGAGCGCAGAUCCCGCUGGGAUAGAUGGGGCCUGACCAGAGGGAGGCGAGACAAAACAGUUUCACAGCCUGACUUACCAACAGCAAUCUCCAGAGAAAAUAGUUCCUUACGCUCACGCCAGUAUUCCAGACUGGCUUCUGAUUUCCCUCCAGUCUUCCACAUCAAGCUGAGAGAUCAUGUCCUGCUGGAGGGGGAUCCAGUCACGCUCAGCUGUCUGCCAGCAGGCAGCCCCCACCCACACAUUACCUGGCUAAAAGAUAAAAAGCCCCUGGAGAUUGAUUCCAGGAUGAACAUGAUCGCCUGCCCUGAUGGCCGGCAGCUACUGAUGAUCAUGCAGACCACCAAGAAGGAUGCAGGGGUUUAUGAGUGUGUGGCCACAAACCCCCUGGCUGCUGUGUCCAGCUCUUGCACGAUAUCUCUUGCUCGCCUGCCCAAUCGUCCUGGGACCCCUGAGAUUCCUCAGAAGUACAACAACACGGCAUUGGUACUGUGGAGGCCCUCAGACAACAUGGCCCCCUGCACAUACUCUCUGGAGAGAAGAGCAGAGGGUGAGAAGAACUGGCUGAUCGUGGCAACUGGGGUGGCAGACUGUUACUACAAUGUGGUUGACCUGCCACCAGGGUGCUCCUUCAGGUUCAGGGUGGCAUGUGUCAACAAAGCUGGCCAGGGCCCCUACAGCAACCUCUCAGAAGUAGUGAGCCUGGAUGCUUCAGAACCAGCUAAAACCAGUGCUACCGUGGUGGUCAAGACGGUCCCUGCAACUUCUCCUACUCCGCCUGUGGUGAUGAUGUCAUCCAUGAAAGUUCCUCCCAUUAAACCAGCUCCUAGUAAAUCCACUACAGUGACACUUGCCCAACCGGUCCCUCCCUCUAUUUCAGCUCCCACUCCACCUGUGGUUAAAUCUGCUUCUCCAAUAACCAUCAAACCCACUGUUCAGGUUGAUGCUAGCCGUCCUGCUGUCGUUCCCCCCAUUAGCACAGCACCCUCUGAACAAGCUCCUGUUCAGACCACCACAAGUGUCCAAGUCACGCCAGCAAAAGCCAAGACCACCCUUAGCAUCAGUAUGAGCAAACCCCAAACCAAGCUGUCGCCCCCGCCUGCUGUUCCACCCAAACCUCGGAGUCCUGUCCAUAAAGCGAUCCCCGUAACCAGCAAAGCUCCUCUUCCUGUAUCUGCACCUUCACCUGCACCUGCACCUGCACCUUCACCUGCACCUGCACCUGCAGCUGCACCUUCACCUGCACCUGCACCUGCACCUGCACCUGCACCUGUCAUCGGGAAGCCUAUUUCAUCUGUGCCAAUGUACGUGCCAACUGCGACUGCACGUGUCACUCCCCCCUCUCAAUCCAGUUCCACCCCGACAGCCACCACCCCCUCAGUCACUCCUGUGACUGUCUCACCGCCUGUGGUGGUGGUGCAGAGCUUGACCCCUGUCCUGCAGGGAGGGGACAGCUGGAGUAGCCCAUCUGGACGGGUCACUCCAUCUGGACGCGCCACCCCAUCAGGUCGGGUCACACCGUCGGGACGCAGGACACCGCUGGGCAAGCCUGGGGAGGGAUCUCUGCGCCAGGGAGUCCCACAGAAACCUUACACCUUCAUGGAUGAGAAAGCAAGGGGUCGUUUCGGUGUGAUCCGUGAGUGCCGGGAGAACGCCACAGGAAACCUCUUCAUGGCCAAGAUUGUUCCGUAUGAGGCAGACAACAAGCAGGCAGUGCUGCAGGAAUAUGACAUCCUCAAGUCCCUUCAUCAUGACAGGAUCAUGGCUCUGCAUGAAGCUUAUGUCACACCACGCUACCUGGUGCUUAUCUCUGAGUACUGCAGUGGAAAGGAGCUGCUCUACAGCCUCAUAGACAGGUUCCGUUACUCCGAGGAUGAUGUGGUGACCUACAUCGUGCAGGUCCUCCAGGGUCUGGACUACCUCCACACCCGACGCAUCCUCCACCUGGACAUCAAGCCAGAGAACAUCAUUGUCACUUACAUGAAUGUCAUCAAGAUCAUAGACUUUGGCAGCGCUCAGACGUUCAACCCUCUCUUCCUCAAGCAGUUCAACCCUCCUAUUGGAACACUGGAGUACAUGUCUCCAGAGAUGUUGAAAGGGGAUGUAGUGGGCCCUCCAGCUGACAUCUGGAGUGUGGGCGUACUGACUUUCGUCAUGUUGAGUGGCAGGUCACCUUUCAUGGAAAAUGAUCCUCAGGAGACUGAAGCCAGGAUCCAGGCGGCAAAGUUUGACCUCUCUAAACUCUACCAGAAUGUGUCCCAAAGUGCCUCUCUGUUUCUUAAAAAGAUCCUCUGUAGCUACCCUUGGGCCCGUCCAUCCAUUAAGGACUGCUUCAGUAACUCCUGGCUUCAAGAUGCCUACCUGAUGCGUCUUCGUAGGCAGACUCUUACCUUUACAACCACCCGUCUCAAGGAAUUCUUGGCCGACCAGCAGCGCAGGCGAGAGGAGGUGGCCACCAAGCACAAAGUUCUCCUGCGGUCCUACAAGAGCUCGACACAAAGCCCCACCAGCCCCACCACGCCAAAUGUGCCACCCCCACCCACCACACCUGUGACCCAGUGAAAACAGGCUUCCAAACAGCAGUUGGUGGGACUGCACGGGGGAACAUCCUCAGAGCGAGACGAGACUUUGAGCCGCCAGGUGGGAUGGUCCCUUCAGGUCCCAGCUGUUGAACUUGGUCAGAAGAAAAAAAAAAUACUGAUGAAACCAGCAGUGGCUGUGAUCUACAGAGACAUCAUUUCUUUUUCUUUUCUGGUUCUGACAGAGAAUCUGAAAGAACGAUUUAAUGCCUAAGGAACUCCUACAAUCAGAGCCUGACUGCAUUUUUUAUAAUGUGGACCUUGUUCAUACAUGGCAGGAUGGUGUCUUCAAGUUAGUACCUCAAGGUUUGUAACUUUGCAUACAUUUUGGAUAAAUUACUUCUUUUCUUAGGGUCAACUCUACACUGAUUACAGGGGACACAUAUAAAUACAUUGUAGUAACCCACCAUGAAAGGCCUGAAAUUGCUAUUAUAGAUUUUUGAUGUUUAAAAAAAAAAAAAUUGAAGUCAUUCACGAGGUUCCAAAAUAAUCCAGAACAACUAAAACAAUGAUGCCUUUUCCAUAGUAACGCCUCUACUCUCUCAGUCUAUCACAGGCUCAUAUUCAAAUGUUUCCUGAGCAGUCAAAUCUAUGAUGUCUAAUUCUCUGUCCUUGAUCAAAGACAACUUGGGAUGCUAAAUAUUUCCCUCCAUUAACUUAAUCUAUCACUUUACUUACAGCAGUGUAAUUCGUGCUGUCUGAGUUUUUAUACUGCCAUAGCACCUCAAAUGAUCGUCAAGAUUGUAGCAGCCCCAGAGAGAACUUUGUUUGUUUUGUAUGGAGUUUAUGAAAUAUGAAUGAAUAUAUAUUGAGUUCAGAGGAUACAUUGGACAGCUCUCAAGGGCUAUUAAAAAAGGACUCUUUUAAUCAGCACAAAUUUCUUCCCUAAUGUUAAGAAAUAUGAUAAUUAUGAUUCUCUCAUUCUCAAAAGCAGGGUUUAUGUUUUUUGUUAUUAUCAUCCUCUUUGCUCUUAGUGAUGAUCUGGACAGCGUAAGUGACUCCAUGCAGUACUGUCACUGUGUUGGCGCCUGGCCGACACUGGCUCCUUCACCACACAUAAGCUAACAAACACCUUAUUGGCUUCCAGUCGAACAACACUCUUCCACCCAGCCCAGUGUCAAGGAUCCAGUUUGAUUAGCCAUGCACUCGUCUCUUGAGUUUACUAAAAUGAGGUUUACAAGUUUUCCGGGGUCAGUUUGUCAGUUUAUACUUUAACUGCACUUUGACACGAGACCCUCAUUAAAUGUUAGAUUGUUUAGGGGGUAAGUGGUGAACUGAAUAACCCACUGGUGAUACUGGGGUGCCUCUAAGUGCCAUUAAAGAGUUAGCAUUAGUCAGCAUUAAAUAGCCUCCACAGUUCAUCGAGAUAGGCUGUUGAUGAAGACAUUGCUGAGUGUAUUAAUUCUUAUUUUAAGUAUAAUUUUCAACAGUUAACAGCUCAGCUACUGCUUUCUUUGAUUGUUAUAAAUUACAGUUUUUAAAUGGCAGAACUUUUUAUAAAUAAAAGGAAGGUUUUAAUUGGUUAGAAUUAGCAUUCAACAUACAUAAAUGCUUAUUGGUUUAUUCCCUUAAUUAAAGUUUCAAACACCUUUUUAGUUUCCAGACCAUACAAGCUUACACUGUCAACAGUGAUCAAAUGAUAAAUCCGAGACAUUGCAGCCUCUGCAGACUGUACAAAAUAUUAAAUCAGAAAUGUGAGACAAUCUAUACACAUCUAGGGAAAAAAAAAA